AUGGCUGCUGCUAUUGAGGGAACGAAGAAUGCCAUCAACGCUGCUGCAGAUAUGGGAGUGCAACGCGUGGUGUACACUUCAUCCGACGGUGCCGUCCAUAUGAACCCAAACAGGAGUCCUGAUCAGGUUGUGGAUGAGAGUUGCUGGAGUGACAUUGAAUUCUGCUUAAAAACAAAGAACUAUUACUGCGUCGCGAAGACGGUUGCUGAGAAAACAGCCAUGGAGGAGGCAUCCAAGAGAGGGAUACACCUGGUGGUGGUCGUGCCGGCGUUCACGCUAGGUGAAACGCUGCAGCCGGCGCUGCACCUGGCGAUGUACAUGCUCAUUGUCUCCUGCAUGAAGGGCACCAGGAAGGCGUGCCCGAAUGCUGUCUCCGGGUUUGUCGAUGUGCAGGAUGUUGCGCGUGCCCAUGUGUUGGUUGUACAAAACCCCUACUGCGCAUGGACGCUACCUCUGCAUUGGCGAAGUGGUGCACCGGUUGGAGUUUAUUCAAAUGAUGAGAGAGCUCUUGCCACAGUAUCCGAUCACCGCUAA